AUGUCGUCAAUCAAGCGACAAGCAUCCGACAGUUUUAGCCAGCCGCAGGCGCUGGUGAAGCGACAAAAGUCGAGUUCAGACCUCAAUGACAGCAAGGCCCUCACCGUUGGUGCAGGAGAUCAGAAUGGCGCGCUCGUGGCUUUGUCUCUUCGCACAAGCUCGCUUCCUGCCCCGAUCAUGGAACUGACCGGACAUUCCGGCGAAGUCUUUGCAGUGCGGUUCGAUCCUACCGGUCAACAUAUUGCUUCUGGGUCUAUGGACCGAUCGAUAAUGUUGUGGAACACGUACGGACAAUGUGACAACUAUGGGAUUUUGACCGGCCACAAAGGUGCUGUGCUGGACUUACAAUGGUCUCGCGACUCCAAAAUAAUAUAUUCUGCGUCGGCGGAUAUGACGGUGGCCAGCUGGGACCUAGAAACUGGACUACGGAUACGCAAGCAUGUGGGCCAUGAGGAAGUCAUAAAUUGCCUGGACCUGAGCAGACGAGGACAAGAUCUAUUGCUGAGUGGCAGUGAUGAUGGGUGCAUCGGGAUAUGGGAUCCUCGGCAAAAAGCCGCUGUCGACUAUAUUGAGACCGAAUUCCCCAUUACAGCGGUUGCCAUGGCUGAGCAAGGGCACGAGAUCUAUUCCGGAGGGAUCGACAACGACAUUAAGGUGUGGGAUGCUCGCAAGAUGGAGGUCAUAUACACUCUGAGUGGCCACGGAGACACGGUCACCUCCCUGGAAGUCUCUCCAGAUUCGCAAACAUUGUUAUCAAACUCUCACGACUCGACGGUGCGAACGUGGGACGUCAGACCGUUUGCACCAGUCAAUCGCGCUGUGCGUGUCUACGACGGCGCCCCUGCAGGUUUCGAAAAGAAUCUGAUUCGCGCAAGCUGGAGUCCUAAGGGAGACAAAAUCUGCGCAGGUUCUGGCGACCGGACGGUAGUGGUUUGGGACACUCGAUCCGCCAAAUUACUGUAUAAACUGCCAGGCCAUAAAGGGACAGUGAAUGACGUACGGUUCUCGCCAACCGAGGAGCCCAUCAUUGUCUCCGCAUCGACGGACCGCAAUCUGAUGUUGGGCGAGCUUGGAAGGUGA